GCGCCGCCGAGGAGAAGAUGGCGCUGCGUGCCCGCGGGAGCCCGCACUGUGUGGAGAGUGCGCGCCGCCGGCCCACCUCUGCAUCGCUAGCUGCCAGCGAGCCGCGAGGAUGGAGUUCGGGCAGCGGGAGGACCCCAGCUUUGUCCAGGGGAGGCAGGAGGCACUGUUCCUCAGCCAUUCACUAGGCAGCUAGGCAGUAACUCAGCCACGGCUGCAACAGAGAACAGCAACAACAAAAAUCACACAUUCAUCAAUUGCUGUCAGAAAUUUGUUUAUCAUCAAGUUAAUUUUUUUCCUCUCUUAUCAGGCACUGUUUUUUGUUUUCUUUAAAAUAUAUCAUUUCUCUUAAUAAUAACCAUGUGGAGGAGCUUGCAUCUGAGGCUUGUUUGGCUUCUCUUAUGCUCAGGACUCUGCAAUCCUAGCCUGGCUUUCAGCUCUCAUUUCGACCCGGGCCAUUGGACAUCAGGGCAGCGAGGAGAUGGGAUGCCAAUUGGUGAACUCACGUGGUCCUCCUCACUUGCCGUGGUAGCCGUGUCCUUUUCCGGUCUCUUCACCUUUAUCUUCCUCAUGCUCGCCUGCCUCUGUUGCAAGAAAGGAGACAUCGGAUUUAAGGAGCCGAUUUCUGCAGUCAAACAUUUCAGCCAAAAGGAGUUUGAGAAUAAUGAGGGUGAGGAUUACACAGGGGAAUUCUCACCCCGCACCACUUCCUCAUCACAGAAUGGACCCGAGGUUUACAUCCUGCCACUCACAGAGGUAUCAUUUCCUGUGUCAAACCAGCCAGCUGCAAGACCAGGGCACUUCCUUCAUCAGACUGACUUGGGUCGUCAAAGCCUCCUCUACUUAAAAGAGGCAGGCAGCAGUUGGUUUGGAAAGGUGUUUCUUGGUGAGGUGAACAUCAACUUGAAUUGCUGCCAGGUGGUGGUGAAAGAGUUAAAAGCAGAAGCCAACAUUCAGGAGCAGAUGCGAUUCCUGGAGGAAGCCCAGCCUCACAGAAGCCUCCAGCAUCCCAAUCUGCUUCAGUGCCUAGCUCAGUUUACAGAGGUGACACCUUAUCUCCUUGUCAUGGAGUUCUGUCAGCUGGGUGACUUAAAGGGUUAUCUGAGGACACAUAAUGCAGCUGAUGAAUUGGCCCCUGACCCUUCAACUCUACAGCGAAUGGCUUGUGAGAUCACAUCAGGCCUACAGUAUUUACACAAACAUAAUUACAUACACAGUGACAUGGCCCUGCGAAACUGCUUACUGUCUGCAGACCUGACUGUGAAAAUAGGAGACUACGGACUUUCCCACAAUAAAUACAAGAAAGAUUACUUUGUAACUCCUGAUCAACUCUGGAUCCCACUACGCUGGAUUGCACCUGAGCUCAUCGAUGAUGUACAUGGGAAUCUGCUGGUGGUGGAUCAAACCAAGAUUAGUAAUAUCUGGUCCCUGGGUGUAACUUUAUGGGAACUGUUUGAGUUUGGUAACCAGCCGUAUCACCGGUGUUCAGAUAAGGAGGUGCUGACGUAUGCUAUUAAAGAGCAGCAGCUGAAACUGCCAAAACCCUUGCUGAACCUACCGCUCUCUGACCGAUGGUACGAGGUGAUGCAGUUCUGUUGGCUGCAACCAGACCAACGACCCACAGCAGAUGAGGUACAUCUGCUUCUCAGUUACCUUUGUGCAAAAGCAUCCAACGAGGCAGAGGAAGAGUUUGAGAAGCGUUGGAAUGCGAUGAAACCAAGUGGCUCCAGCACCAGCCACACAGCUGAGGCCUCAUCCUUUCCACUCCUGGAGCAGUUUGGAACCGAUGGCUUUCACACUGAGGUGGAUGAUGUGUUAACGGUGACUGAGACAAGUCAAGGCCUUAACUUUGAAUAUAAGUGGGACCACACUCAAAUGGACAACUUUCCGCCAUCUACGACUGGCCUGAGCCACGGCAGCAGCCAGUACCAAGAGAUCUACUUUCCUAACAGUGCAUCGGGAAGGCUGAGUUUGAGUGUCUCACCCGUCUCCUCCAACUCCUUCUAUGAAUCGAAGCAGCAGUCCAACAUGCCGCAGAAUCUGCAGCCUCCAGGCAUUGUGCCAGUGAUCAGUGCACACAGCCCUUCUGUAACCGGCGAAUACUACAUCCGGAUAGAGGAACCAACUGAGUGCAAUAUGGACCUGGACUAUACCAUGUGUUCCUAUAGCCCUGAGUAUGAUUCAAGCGUGCACAUGGAGUCAUCGUCUUGGCAAGGAUUACAAGGAAGGGACAACGUAGACGAUUGUGAGAACAGCCCAACUUUAUCCUUGACCAUGGAACCUCUUUUGGGUCAGGUAUCGUCAGCAACCCAAGAUUCCUGGGAAGACAGUCAAUACUUUAGCAAGAAUAAGAGCCAAUCGUACUACGAACAAUUCACAAUAGAUGAUGCUAAUCAAUAUUUGUUAGAGAAUUACUCUGAAAAUGGUAGCGACUGGAAAGUACAGAGUGCGGGAGAAAACAGUAGUGAGGAUCCUUUGGGAAUAUCUCCUGUGGUAACAAGUUCCUUCAGAGACUCCAGUGCCCUGCUUGUCACAUCUUACCACGAGCUGGAUGAAACUGGAUCAGAUAGAACUUUCCAAUCACCAGCUGCUGAAGUGUUCGAUUAUGCUGCACCUUCUGUAAAUACAGCGUUGCAUUCAGUUGAUGAUUUGGAAUCGGUGAAAAAGCUCAUAGUCGGUUACCCUUCACCAGCUGGACUGCCAUCCAGAAAGAGUACAACAUCAUCAUCGAGCACUGAAGAUGAAAACCACUUUCCCUCUGGGAUAAAAUCAUGGGAAUCCAGUAAUUUCCUAAAUAACAACAGGAUAGAUUUAACAAAACAGUCGCUUGAGCAGGUAGACGUUGGCAGAGAAUUAUUUCAAACGGAAUUUUCAGAACCAGACCUGCACAAGGUGGGAAAUGUUGAGCCUCUCUCUUUACUUCACACAGCAGACACACACAACUCCACAGUGAUUCCUUUGACAGAAACAGAGAAUGGGUCCUCUAAUUGGAAGGUAAAGUGCAAAGAAGUUGACUGGGAGAGUCAAAGUUUUGAUCAGUCACUCUCCACUGCUUUAUAUAAUAUUCCCCAGCAAGAGGAAAGUCAGAUUCUCAUUUCUGACAGAUUACAAUCUAUGAGAAGUGAAGACCUUGUAGACCCAUUACUUGGCCAGGUUGUGAAGAGCAGUGCCCUUGGUGCCUAUAGCAAUACCAGGAUCCAGACGGAGAGUGGUGAAGUGGAUUUACCUGGACCAGAUACAGACAGACCCAGUGAGAGUGAUCAAUUGGAUGUUAUUGUUCAAGAAACAAAUCAAUUAAAGAUUGAUAGAGAAGAGAUUCAUAAUCCAACCCAAUUGAGGAUUGAAAUAGAAGUCAGAGACAGCAAUGCCAUUCUUUCAGAAAUGGAAAUGGUCAGUGAUACGUACCAGGUGGAGACUGCAGUCAGGGAAUUCACAAGCUCUCCCCAGUUCGAUACAGCUGAUAAAAGUGACACUUGCUUUUCAUCUGAUGUGGAAUCAAAAGAGCUUGACAGCUCUCCAGUAAAGACACUUUCCAGUGUAAGCUUUGCUGGAACUGACGGCUGCAGCGAUGAGGAUGAAACAGAUAUCACAUCAGGAAUAUUUACAGACUUAACACAGGACUAUGAAAACAGUGAUCUCGUUCUCUCUCACAAAUCUCUGCAGAAACUUGUAGGGACUCCAGAUUCCCUCGAGUCUCUCGACAUCCCGUCGACAACGAGUUCCUGUGAAAUGUACAGCCCGACGUCACAUUACUCAUCGCUCCAACCAAAGGCUGCAGACAGUGGCUACGACACGGAGAACUUUGAAUCUCCCGAAUUUGUCUUGAAGGAACCGGUUGAACAGAAGGACCCUGAGCUGUUCACCAAAGUGAGCAAACCCAGUAAUGCUGCUGCGCUGAAGCUGGGCAGUGAUGGUGUUGAAAUGUUGCAAGACUCGGAGCCACAGUCCAUCAAUGAAAAGAAUCCCUACAGGGACUCGGCGUAUUUCUCAGACUACGAUGCUGAGUCCGAAAAAUAUCAAACCUUAGAUUCAGGGAAAGAUGACCUUGUGCAAGGUGAGAUUGAUCUGCUAGAACUAAAUGAAGGAGAUCUCACAGAGAGUCCUUUACAAGAUGUUGACUAUGUGUACUUGGGUUCUUCACAGACACACAACCAGACUGACCUGCAGCUAACUGAAAGCCCGGAGACUGCAGGGUCAAAUUUAGGGAAUGGCAAUUUGAUCCAAAGGUUACAUCGUGAUCCUGCAGAGGGCUUAGCGAGCUGUCAAAACGGCUGCUCUGAAGAGGUUUCUAUUCUCAUCGAAAAACAAAUGGACGCUGCACCCAAUAACCCAGAUGCAGUUGUAUUGGCAACAGCAGAACUCAAACUAGGAUCACAAUUCAGUAGUUCUGCAACAAGUGAGGGGUUUCACAAGCAGGACGUAGAACUUGAGAAUGAUGAGAAGGAGAUUCAAGCUGACGAUUUACUUUGUGAGCAGAUAUUAGAAGAAGCAGGUGGCUCCAAUUUGAAGAAAGGUGAGGGGUUUCUUCAAAGCAGCUACAAUUCAGAAAACCCUCUGAAGAAACAGGUAUCUUCACGUAAGAAAGGGUACCCUCACAAAACCUCAGGCUGCGUCUUUGACGGCACAGAAUUAAUACUGGAAGAACAAUUAACUGAGCAAUGUAGCGAGUCAGUUGGAAUUCAGUGCACUGACGUUGAGACAAGGAAAUUUCAAAUGUAUUCCUUGAACGUUGAAGAAAAGUUGGAGAGCUGCAUUGUUCCCAAAGUACAGUCAAUUCAGUUGUCAUUGGAGCUCCCUUUAUUAGACCUCAAGAAAGAACCCCGACAGGGCUUUGAGGGGGAAGAAGGAGAGGAAGAGGAUGAGGAUGAUGAUGAAAGUGAUGACUCCGAUGAAGAACUUGGCAUCUAUAACAUUCAGGAACACAGUGAAGAGAGCGAGGAAGAACUUCCCACUGUUCCCAUUAUUGUGACAGAGAAGGAUGAUGGGAAGAAUCUAAGAAGUCUUCUCAAGUUGCCGAAUUUGGUGUGUGAGACCUUUUGUGAUGAUCUUGACCGAAAGAAAAAAGUAGUGUCUUUCUACGAUGACGUCACUGUCUACCUUUUUGACCAGGAAAGUCCAACGGGUGAACUCAGUGAGCAGAACAUUCCAGAUGUUGACCCAACAUUUCAGCACCAUCCUGAAGAGUUGCAAAAUAAAGGGGCUGGUGUUUCCACGGCAACACAGAGGCAGAAUACUUCCAAACAUUCAUCGGAUGAGAAUGCCUCUGAAGAAAGUGGAGGCUUUGAGUGGGAUGAUGACUUUCCGUUGGUAUCGGUCCGGUCAUCGUUAGAGCCUGAAGGUUCCUCCUUGACAUCUGACCCUGCCUCGGCUGCUGUUCUGUCAGGGCUAGAACAAAGUCAGGUGCAGAAAACCCACUUCUCCCGCUUCACCAUCUCCCCGGCCACUGUCUCUCGGUUCUCAAUUACUCAUGUCUUGGACUCGGAAAUUGAGUCACUUGGAGAAAGCAUUGAGGAGGGUGAAAGGGAAUGACUCACACAUUGAGCCUGGACUGGAAUUCUAAUUUUUGGAAAAUAAAAAAGCAAACGGACAAGAUCUGACAGAACCGCAAAUGAAUGUUUCGCACUAUGACUUUAAUUGCUUUGAAUUGUUGGACAAUUUGAUUGCGAGUUUUUGGCUGCUAGCACAGGUGGACGCACUGUUACAAUGACCUUGUGGGGGUUAACGUUGCUGCGCAAUUCUCAAGUCUCCUCGGUGUGGUCUGGGCCCUCUCCCCUCUCCAGCCGGCCUGUAUUUAACCAGGAUUCCAAGGAUUUCGCUGCAAGCCGAUUUGGGGAUGGAGCAGACUCUGUCUGACAGGAAAUAUUUAUUAGACGGAGGAGACUGUUCAUGUCACAAGCCUACCACGGUGAGGAAAAAAGCUGAUCUUUCCAACACAGAGCAACUGUGAGGGUUUUCUGAAAAUAGACACUGCAGACUGUACCAAGCUCCAUUUGUAAUGAACCAUUUUUGCCAAUAAUGCCAUCUGCUUAUAGUCUCAUCUGCUCGGGCAUCAGAUAAGAAGUGUUUGGAUGAGGCUACUCAGUAUUCUUUGCCCACAUCCCAGUACAAAUGUUGUCCCAUUGAACAUGCCUCUCAGUAUUCAGUCCACAGUAUUUAGUGUUUCUGCCUCUCCGCGUUUGAUAUGGAAUAGUGUAGAAAAUCAGUUAAACUGCAAUCUCUAUACUAUUUUUGUAAAACCAUUCAGACUACUGAUGAAUAUAUUGUAAAUGUUGCCAAAGAGAUGUAAAAAAUGUGCAGCCCCUAGCUACAUUAGUUGCUACCUGUAUGGCUUUAAGCUGUCGUGUCACAGUACAAACUUUACAAAGGAGACGCUGAAUAUGUAGCAAUUUUUUGCCUCCAUCAUCAAGCUAUACAGACACAACAUUUAUUAUAUUAAAGAAAUGACCGGUUGCAUGAUGCCAGUGAGCAAGGCUGUCUUUGAAAUGUCACAGCUGUUAGUACUUUGUAUAACUGAUCAAUACGGGUCAUUACUGCUCUUCAGUGUUUUAUUUCCAUUUAGCUAGCAGCAUGUGGUUUAAAUCGCCAGACUAAUAAACUUUUUACAAUAUCUUA